AUGAAAAAAAAAAAAAAAAAAGAAAUUUAUCACUGCCGGUUCUUUCUUUCUAUCUAUCUAUCUAUCUAUCUAUCUAUCUAUCUAUCUAUCUAUCUAUCUAUCUCGGUUCUUCUAUCUAUCUCUAUCUAUCUAGAUAGCUAUUUAUCUAUCUAUCCAUCCCAAUUCUUUAUGUUAUCAUACUCUCGCCGGAAGUCUCAGCACCAACUUCCUGCUUUUGGCUGUUUUCCUCAUCAACCACUGUUUUCUUUUUUUUUUUCCUUUUUGGUACUGAAAAGAUUUUUACGGACCAUAUUAAAAAAAUUUUUUUCUAUAUGUUUAACGGGAAGGCGCGUCGUUAUUUCUUCUCUUAUUCCAUUUAUUCCUUCCCAAAUCCAUUCGCGUGAUCAUUCUUCAAAUAUUCUGUCUCUCUUAUACUUUUUCCUUCACUCCAUUCUAGAACCUUGUCCAUUCAUUUCAAAUAUGGUUGAACGACGGCCAAAUCCCGCUUCGUUCAUUCUCCUUAUUCGCACGAUUCCAUCCGUUUUUGAUCAUGUAUUUUCUUUCACUGUCGUUUUUCCACAAUUUUUAAUUUUUUUUUUUCUUUAUUUCUUUCUUUCUUUCUUUCUUUCUUUCUUUCUUUCUUUCUUUCUUUCUUUCUCCUCUCUUCACUGUAUCAACAUUUUUAUCACCUAUUCCGGCAUCACCCUCCCCCGCCUUACCUCACCGAAUCUUCUUUCUACGUCUGCAAUCGAUCAGGUUGUUCUUAUUCAUCUCACCUUCUCCAUUUCGAAGGAUUCCCGCCGAGUUUGCCUCUGCACGCAUGCGCUUUCAUGCACCAACGGCUGUGUGGCCAACCGGGUGUUCACAUUAUUUUCUUUAACCUAUCUAUCUAUCUAUCUAUCUAUCUAUCUAUCUAUCUAUCUAUCUAUCUAUGUGAAAUCUGUAAAAAAAAAGAUAUUCUAUCUAUCUAUCUAUCUAUCUAUCUAUCUAUCUAUCUAUCUAUCUAUCUAUCUAUCUAUCUCAGUCUGUUAA